CGGGGGAAAUCCUUAACUGAAUUGCGUCAUAAAUACGUCAAUAAACUCUCAUUCACUGACGGUCAGGUACCACGAUAGCCGCCAUAUUCGCAUCCAUGGCAGGGUAGCGGUGCUAUCGGCGAGCGUAUGGUCGAGUCAUCAACAUCGGCUAUUCCCCGCACCGACCCCCCGAUCCCAUCCUGGUAGCGGUCGGCACCCACGCAGCUUGUAUCUGAUCAUCUAAGCAGAAGAGCCGGACUUCCACAGACGGGAAGACAUGCAACGUGGAGCGGGGGUUUAGGUUGACUACGAUGCCGUAGACUUAGACAGGAAUCCUGGCACAAGAUGGAGGUAAACAGCGUUAGUAGUGAGGUCAAUGGGCAUCAGAUCAUGGAUGAGCCUAUGGAGGAGGGAGAGUCUUUCUCACACUGUGAUGAAGGGACGUAUAAGGAGAUUCCUAUCACCCAUCAUGUAAAAGAAGGCUGUGAGAAAGCAGAUCCAUCUCAGUUUGAACUUCUGAAAGUCCUCGGCCAGGGCUCAUUUGGCAAGGUAUUUCUUGUCAGGAAGAUUGUUGGUCCAGAUGCUGGGCAGUUAUAUGCAAUGAAAGUUCUAAAAAAGGCAUCGUUGAAAGUCAGGGACAGAGUUCGCACUAAGAUGGAAAGAGACAUUUUAGUGGAAGUCAAUCAUCCCUUCAUAGUGAAGUUGCACUACGCCUUUCAGACAGAAGGGAAACUGUAUUUAAUACUGGACUUUCUCAGGGGAGGGGAUGUAUUCACUCGCUUAUCCAAAGAGGUUAUGUUUACAGAGGAAGAUGUGAAAUUCUACCUUGCAGAGCUGGCCCUGGCCCUCGACCAUCUGCACAACCUGGGCAUAGUUUACAGAGAUCUCAAGCCAGAGAACAUCUUACUUGACGAAGCUGGACACAUAAAAUUAACAGACUUUGGCUUGAGUAAAGAGUCAGUAGAUGCUGAUAAAAAGGCGUAUUCCUUCUGUGGUACGGUGGAGUAUAUGGCCCCUGAGGUGGUCAACAGGAGAGGACACACACAGAGUGCAGACUGGUGGUCUCUGGGAGUACUUAUGUUUGAGAUGCUAACAGGGACGUUACCAUUCCAAGGGAAAGACCGCAAUGAGACCAUGAACAUGAUUCUCAAAGCUAAGUUGGGAAUGCCCCAGUUCCUUAGUUUGGAGGCCCAGAGUUUGCUAAGAAUGCUGUUUAAACGUAACCCUGCUAACAGACUAGGGGCCGGGCCCGAUGGAGUGGAGGAGAUCAAACGCCACGCUUUCUUUUCCACCAUCGACUGGAAUAAACUGUUCAGGAGAGAGCUGCAGCCGCCAUUCAAGCCUGCGGCAGGUAAACCCGAUGACACGUUCUGCUUUGACCCAGAGUUCACCGCUAAAACGCCUAAAGACUCCCCAGGUAUCCCUCCCAGUGCUAACGCCCACCAGCUCUUCAAAGGCUUCAGCUUUGUUGCUCCAACCCCUAUGGAUGAGAACAAGAGCUCCCCACUGCUCAGCAUACUCCCCAUAGUUCAGAUGCACGGGGGCUCAGCCAAGUUCUCUGACCUGUACGAGUUGCAGGAGGACAUUGGGGUUGGCUCCUACUCCAUUUGUAAACGCUGUGUACACCGAGUCUCUGCCAUGGACUAUGCUGUGAAGAUUAUAGACAAAAUAAAGAGGGACCCCUCUGAAGAGAUUGAAAUCCUGAUGCGAUACGGACAGCAUCCAAACAUCAUCACUCUUAAAGAUGUGUAUGAUGAGGGCAGGUAUGUGUACCUGGUGACAGAGCUGAUGAAGGGAGGGGAGCUGCUGGACAAGAUCCUCAGGCAGAAGUUUUUCUCUGAGAGAGAGGCCAGUGCUGUGCUCUACACCAUCACCAAGACUGUUGACUACCUCCACUGCCAAGGGGUGGUACACCGAGACCUGAAGCCCAGUAACAUCCUCUAUAUGGAUGACUCUGGAAAUCCUGAUUCUAUCAGGAUCUGUGACUUUGGAUUCGCAAAGCAGCUCCGGGGAGGCAACGGCCUUCUCCUCACCCCCUGUUACACCGCCAACUUUGUGGCUCCAGAGGUACUAAUGCGGCAAGGUUAUGAUGCAGCCUGUGAUAUAUGGAGUCUUGGAGUUUUACUGUAUACCAUGCUGGCAGGGUACACGCCGUUUGCUAAUGGGCCCAACGACACACCAGAGGAGAUUCUACUCCGGAUAGGAUCUGGAAAGUUCUCUUUGACAGGAGGCAACUGGGAUACGGUAUCAGAUUCUUCAAAGGAUCUGCUUUCACAUAUGCUUCAUGUGGACCCUCACCAGCGAUACACAGCAGAACAGGUUUUAAAGCAUUCCUGGAUCACCUGUAGAGAUACGCUACCACACUUCCAGCUAACACGCCAUGACGCACCACACCUCGUCAAGGGAGCCAUGGCUGCCACAUACUCCGCACUGAGCCAGAAAACGAGUCAGCCGGUGUUGGAGCCCGUGGCGGCGUCCAGUCUAGCCCAGAGACGCAGCAUGAAGAAACUCACCUCAACAGACAUGUAGACUCACACCGCCACCCCUCCAGUUUUGACCUCGCUCUCAGUCGGACUCUCAAACGCAGACCGAAGUCCUGGCCAGUCAGACCUACUGUCCCCUUUUUAAUCUAUUUAUUUGACACCCUUAACAUAUGCACGCAUACAACGACAUGCACUCUCACACUGGAUGAGGUUGCAUGGUGAAGAAGUCAGCUGAAGAGGAAGAGGGGAAACUCACAUAUCUGUUACCGCUGGGGAGAGACUCACUUGUAUUUAUUUCCACAGCUAUCAUAUGCACUUGCCCUCCUCGCCUUUCAUUCUUUCUUCUCCAUGUGGGGAAGAAACGCACCAGCUGAUGUUCUCCUUCACUGUGAUUGGCUGAUUCAAAGCUGCUUCGGUAAACUGUGCCCCCUCCCCACUGCUCUUCAUCUGCGCUCUGCCAUCCUCCUCCUCCUCCUCCUCAGUUCUCUCUGCUUACCUUGUUUGCUUUUGCUCUUUGACUUCUUUUCUACAAAGUGAAGUAAUGGUUUAUGUGUGAGAGUGCUGGCAGGAUGAUGCUGACUGAGGGGCACUGUCAGACUGUUUCCCUCCUAAAAGUUACAAGACAAGUUUUUGCUCAUUGCAGAUUAAAACCUCAGAAUCAGAAUCAUCUGCCAGCACUUUUGGGAACAUAAAUGCAUGUUUGAUCCGAACCUGUAUUUCUUUUCCUUAAAAUUUCACCGUCUGACUCAUGUUACUCUGUGAUGCUAACAGUGUAUGGAAAGAGGAAAAAUAAGCUGCCGCUGGAAAAAAAUAGAGUUUGAAGGUGAAACUAUGUGGUUACGAUUACAGAAAUUCUAGUUUGCAAAAAGAUAUAUAAAAAUAUAUAAUGAAGAUGAUAAAGAUGAAGAGCAUGUGGGGGAGCUGGAUGGAUUUCUCUGGGGGGGACGGGACGCACCCUGUCGAACCAGAGAGGCUGAAUUUAAAAAAAAUUUCCAUGGAUAUCUCUUCAAAAAGACAUUGUGGAAAUUGUAUGAUAUUGUAUUUAUUUCAUUUGAUUUUUAAGAUUCUAUUUUUCUUUCAAGUUCUGUAUAUAUUGACAUUAAAGAUCAUUAUUGACAUGCA